UACGUUGGUUACCAUAACAGUCAACGGGCAAACCCUGGGCUGAAUGCUGCUCGGCUUUCGUCCGUGUGUCCGUAGAACAACAUGGGGACAUUUAAUAUAGCAUUGGAGUUUAUUUAAUGUCGUCUAGUGUUUAACUACGUUGUUAGACAUUCCUCAUUAUGGCUCUGCGUUCACCGGACCAAACUUUUCCACGUAGGUUUCACAGUAACACUACAGCAGCUGGAGCUAACCACUCAUAUCAAAGCUAAUGUUAGCCAUGCUUAAAUGUUAUAUUGUGAUGCGUUUAGUUUUGUGAAUGUAUUAAGCUUUCGUCCUCAAAUUAAAUAGUUGUUUGUUUAAAGUCCCCGAGCUAUGUUCUUGCCCCGGAAGAGAAAAAGCGUUGUAUUUCCGCUGUCUUCCCGUCAACGAGCAGACAGAAGGAGAAGCUAGCUAGCAUAGCCACAUGCUAGUUAGCACUCAGACACGCCGUGCUCGCCAUUGUGUCUCCUUUGAAACUACUUAUUUCACAGCCUUGUGUUUGUGGUUCUUCAAAGAGAGAAUCGAAGCCGUGCCACUAUUGUUUUUCCACGAAGUGCUGUGGUUUUUUGUUGUUGAUGUAACACGGUUCCAGAAAUAUGGCUGAAGGAGGAAACUACUACAACGAGCAUGAUGACAGAACCGGACCACAGUUUCGCAGCCGCAAAGGAAGAGGCUCCCACAAGGGUCGGUCAUAUGAAGGGUCCCGCAGGGUCCGCCAACGGGGAAGCCACUCUGGAGACUUCGGGGGUACUGGGCCACGAUCUCGGUUUGACGAUACUGACGUAGAUGUAACUAUGAGUGACAGCUCUCAGGACAACAGCUCUCAAAACAGAUUGUAAGUGAGGGUGACCAACUUUGUAU